CACAAUGAAGGCCACAAUCUUGUGUAUAACUCUUCUUGUCGUCGCUGUUGCAUCUGAGAGAUGUACAUUUUUCCACCAUGAAUGUAGUGGAACUACCUGUACAGAUGGAGCUCCUCAUUGCAUUUUAGGCCAAUGUAGAUGUACCCACAAUACAGCCAAAGCUUGCACAUCAGCCUCUGAUUGCACAGAACAUUGCCUCGCCUUCGGUAACCAGCACUGUGUUGAUGGAGAAUGUCAUUGUCCAUUUGACAAUCUUAUUCCAGGAGGAAGAUAAGAAGGGCCUGGAAUAGGAAAUUAAUCAUUUUAUUUAAAAAAAAAUGACAUGUGUUUUGAAAUAAAAUUCCACAGGAUUUUAAAAAUA